AUAGAGGGCUGGUCUCACCCUUAGCCAACAUGGCGUCGGACCUGCCCAUUAGGACAGAGCAGGAGGAGUUACAGAGGAAAGCCAGUCAGGUCACAGAUGAUUCCCUGGAGAGUACACGACGGAUGAUGCAGCUGGUGGAGGAGAGUAAAGAUGCUGGGAUCAGAGCUCUGGUGAUGCUGGAUGAACAAGGAGAGCAGCUGGAGCGUAUAGAGGAGGGCUUGGAUCAGAUCAACUCUGACAUGAAGGAGGCUGAGAAAAACCUGACAGACCUGGGCAAGUGCUGUGGCCUCUGCUCCUGUAAUAAACUGAAGGCUUUUGAGGAGAGCGGCACGUACAGGGCGGUUUGGGGCGGAGCCUCCAGUCAGGACGGCGUGGUGUCCAAUCAGCCACCUUCAUCCCGUGUCGUUGAUGAGAGGGAGCAAAUGAUCAUGAGUGGAGGACACAUACGGAGGGUGACUAACGAUGCCCGUGAGGAUGAGAUGGAGGAGAACUUGACUCAUGUUGGCAGCAUCAUCGGGAAUCUGAAGAGCAUGGCUCUGGACAUGGGCAACGAGAUCGACAUGCAAAACAUCCAGAUUGACCGCGUACGGGGCAAGGCCGUCCUCAAUGUGUCGCGUAUCGACGCUGCAAACCAGAAAGCCAACAACCUCAUGAAGAGAUAGGACUCCGUUCUUCUUCUACUUUGGUUUUACUGCCGUUUUUCAAGCCUCAUGCAUUCUAGUAUUUACCAUUGCUGUUGUAUGGUGUGCCAAUGUGUACCACUGUCACCCCUUUCACAUGCAAUCUUGGCUUAAAUCCCAGACUGAAAACCCAUCUUUGAAAUAAGUGUAUCCAUAACCAGAAAUCUGCUAUAAUAUUCCUUCAGGGAGCCAUUGUGUAUCUGUGAAAUUCAGUUAGUAAAUGCAUUGUUUAUCUCUUACGCUAUCACUGUAUCAUUCCAGUAAUA